AUGGUGCUCCUGGCUAUCCGUGCGAGCGAACCAUCGAACCUACCACUCGCCGCGUCGUCACAAAUCCAGUGCGCUGUCGGUUCGCGCGGCCAGCAGCUGGUCCCGAUCCUCUGCAGGUCGGGAGAAUUCGACUCUACCGCGUCGGAGCACACCCGCGAACCGCGUGCGCGUCUGCCGCCUCGAUUUCCCAAUUCCGACGAGCGAGACCAGGAACCAUCACCGAGCCGCAUCCAAAAGAUCGCUGCAGCCGAGAUGGACGUUAGCUAUACCGACCCUUCCUCCCAGCGCCGCGACGGUGCACAACUUCAACCACCUAUAUCCGCUGUCAUGGAGACCACCACGUCUAGCACGCGCGGUUCUAAGCGGGCUGGCGAGAAUCACAGUCAAUACAGCACGCCCAAGCGGCAACGGCCGGGCGUUCCUGAGCCUGGCCCGGGUCCCACCCCACAUACCCCAUCGGACACGACUCGCUCGCCCGCCUCCCCGCUCCCUGGGUCUGCCUGCGCCCAGAUGCUAGUUUGUAAAUCGACCCCUCGGUCUUACCCUCCCUCCCUCGACACCAUCUUGGUCCGGGUAUCUGCGUUCGACCCUCCCCGAGAGUGUCCGGUAGACGCCCUAUCUGCCAUCUAUGUCUCCCCGGCGGACGCCGACCGGCGCACCUCUUUUGCCCUCAUCCCCGACGAGCGCGAAUGGCGGCUGUUCCUUACUCAGCUCAAGACCUCGGGCGUCCCUCUCGACCCCAACCGCUACUACAACCCUACCUUGCCCGUGAGCAUCCGUAUCUGGGCGCUGCCCUCGGCUCAGACUCCUCAGGACGUUAUCGCGCCGGUGUUACCUAGUGUAGAGGUCGUAGAUCUCCUCACGGACGACGAACUUGAUCCCUAUCUACGUGAUAGAGAUGCUACGAACGUCCUUUCGGGUAGCGAGCCCGACCUCGCUGAGUCCGACCUCGCUGAGUCCGACCUCGUUGAGCCCGAGGACAGAGAGGCGUUCGAGCCAGGACCCAUCGACCCCAGCAUCGUUGAGGCGGUCCGCCGCGACAUGUGCAAAUUCUUCGGCAUCGAUCCCAGCGACGUCCUAAAGCCUGGCUUCACACAUACCCCUCCGGGCAUGAAGAAAGGCCUCCGGUUCCACCAGCUCUGGGCCUUUUUCUGGGUGUUCGCUAGCAAGGCGGCCCGUGGUAUCGCCACUGCCCUCCUCGCUGACGAAAUGGGACUCGGCAAGACGGUCAUGUCCCUGGCCGUCGCCGUCCUUAGCCACCGCCUGCGCGCGCAGGCCGAUCACGUCUCCCGGCACCCUGACCAGCACCUCGCAGCCGAUGACGAGCGCACCAAGUGCCCGUCAGGAACCUACACUCACGGGUUCCAAUGCCCCUGCGAGGCCGGCAGCUGGUCCGCCAGGAUCGCUGCCGACCUCUCGCACGGGCCUACAGUAGUGUUUGGUUCUAAGCUGAUCCUGAGAUCGUGGGCCUAUGAGUUCUCCAAGUUCGUGGACGCCAGCCCCGACGACGGCAUGAUCCUCCUCACGCUGCCCGACGAUCCCGCGCCUGUGCGCAGUCUCAUCGCCGACAUCAACAUCGCCAAGCUACCCCGCGGGCCUCUUACGAGCAGCAAGAAGCCGGGCCUGCAAGACGAAGGCGCCAGGCUCAAACCCAAGCCCGGCCAGUCUCGGUACAUCCUGCUGAUUCCCAACACGUCGGCCGUAAAGAGUAUCGAUUCGACCUUCGCCGUCACCGCCGACCGCCGCCGGCCGCCCACCGUAGUCCAGUUCGCCGUCCAGCCGGGCAGGAUCAUCGUGGACGAGGCCCACUGCAUCAAGGGCGAGACCACCAUGCUCUGGGAUCGCAUCCGGCGUUGGCAGUGGCGCGCUCGGAGUCCCACUUACCUCCUUGCCCUGACGGGCACACCUAUGACCCGGGACCCGGCGGACUUCGAGAGGCUGGUGGAGCACCUGAACCACCCAGGCGCCGGCUGGAGCAGCCCUCUCCGACCGCCCGCCACGUCCACGCUUCAGGCGCUCAAGCGGCUGACCUCGCAUUACAACAAGACGCUCGCCCGUGGCCUCGGCGCCGCCGCCGCCGGCUCGGAAUCGGAAUCGGAUCAGCAGCAGCAGCAGGUCUUCCUCUCCGACCUCAGCGCCCUCGUGCUCACCUUCACCCUCCGCCGCCGCCGAGACGACGUCUUUGCCGGCGCGCCGCUGUCAACCGUGCCCAUGGUCCCUUUCAACGUCGUGGAUUGUCCGCCGCCGCCCCAGUUUGCCGCUUGCAUCGAGAACAUCUUCUCGUCCACAAAGGAUGAGGUGCAAGCGUUGCUAGACGAGCGCCACGCCAGGUGGGAGGAGCUGCCAGAACAUCGUCGAGGUACCGAGCCCACCUUCGAGCUCCUCGUCCGCCAGAUCAGUGCCGGCGCCCCCAACACUAGCAGCAGCUUCCGCCUGCUCAGGCUGUGCGCCACGUUCCCAGCCCUGGCUCGCCUCCACUCCCAAGCGCCCUACUGCGAUUGGAGCCUCACCGGCGAGGACUUCCGGGGCGUCUUCACUAAGGGCACCAUCAUGGAGGCCCGGGCCAAAUCUAAGGCAUGGCCCUUCUGGCGCGACAUCUGCAACGGCAGCACUAAGAUGGAGCAGCUCGAUAUACAGAUCCGCAAAAUGCUGGCCGACCGAGAGCCAGCGCACGGUACGAACGACGUCGUGUCCGACAAGAAGAUGCUGGUCUAUUCUGACUCGCCCUUCGUCGCCCACCUGGCGUUUUUAUGGAUCGCCAACACCUUCGACAUCCCCGUCCAGAUGGUUGAUCGCGGCAUGAGCGCGGCCAACCGCGUGGCUGCUAUAGAGCCCUUCGUCACCGUCUCUCUCGACCAGCUACGGCGCGAAUACUACCACCCCACGGAGUCCCCCUCUCCCCAAGUCCUAGUCACCACCGUCGGCAUCAUCGCCGAGGGUCUCAACCUGGCCCGGGCGAAUUACCUCGUCCUGCUUGGCCCCCUUGGCACCGUCGCUAAGCAACUACAGAUUGGCUGUCGUAUCAACCGCGAGGGUGGGUUUUUCACCCCGCACCUGACCCUGCUUCUCGACCCGGACAAUAAGGCCGAGAUGGUCGUUCGCCGGCGGCAGCUGAACCGCGCCACCAUCGAGACGGAGGUGUGGGGCAAUACGAAGUAA